CCUGCACACACACACGCACACACAAACCACACCUCUCAGAUCAUUGGUCACUCACACUGCAGCCCCGCCUCCACUCUGACCCUUUUAUAAAGACAAACCAAGCUGAAGGAGCUGAAGUUACACAGACUGGCCCUUUAAACACACUGAUCUCUUCUGCAGACAGUUUCCACUUUGUAACCAGAUGACUUUGACGGGAAACUUUUAAGAGACAUCCUUCCUUUUUUUCAGUUUUUACUGUAUUUUAAAGUCUUUUAAAUUUGACAAAUAGAAGACACUUUGUGGAGACUUUUUCAGUCAUCUGAGAAUUUUUCAGGGGACUUUUCCUGCUCUUCUUCUUCUUCUUGUCACUCUGAGAGAAUUCUCUGCAGAGGCCGAUGGAUCUGUCCGACCUUCCCUUCCCUCUCUCCACCGCUGAUGACCUCUACGAUGACCCCUGCUUCAGCACCAGUGACAUGAACUUUUUCGACGACCUUGACUCAAGGCUGAUGCACGCCGGCCUGCUGAAGUCAGAGGACCAGCUUCAUCACCAUCAUCACCACCAUGUCCCCAUCGCAGAGGAGGACGAGCACGUGCGUGCUCCCGGGGGCCUCCACCAGGCAGGGCACUGCCUGCUUUGGGCCUGCAAGGCCUGCAAGAGGAAAACGUCACACGAAGACCGGAGGAAAGCAGCAACGAUGCGGGAAAGGCGGCGGCUCGGUAAGGUCAACGACGCAUUUGAGACGCUGAAGCGCUGCACAGCUUCCAAUCCAAACCAGCGGCUGCCCAAAGUGGAGAUCCUCCGCAACGCCAUCAGCUACAUUGAGUCCCUGCAGGCACUGCUGAGGACCAGCCGAGACGACAGCUUCUACCCCCCACUGGAGCACUACAGUGGAGAUUCUGACGCCUCCAGCCCCCGAUCCAACUGCUCCGAUGGCAUGAUGGAUUUCAUCUCUCCGUGUUCGACCAGAAGUGAGAACAGUGAUGGUUCCUACUGCAGCCACAAAGACGAUUCCAGCAGCAGUAAACCUUCCCUCAUUUCCAGUUUGGACUGUUUGUCCAGCAUUGUACAGCGGAUCAGCACAGAUCCAGCUGUGGCCCCUCCGGGUGACAGUGUAGUCCCCCAGGGCCCCGGAUCACCUCAGAACAGCCCUACAGGCUCCAGUCCCCCUGCUGAACCCAACAGCAUCUAUGAGCCGCUCUGAACCUGACUGAGCCAAGGACUCAUAUUCCACAAAAAACCCAAAAACCGACAUAAUUUUCCCUGAAGUUUGAGUCAAGUUUCUUCAGUUUUCAGCCUCCUGAACAAACUGAAGACGGCUGCUGUGUUCCAUAAUCUCAGCAGAAAAACAAGACAUUUUCCUGACAGGUUUCUGCUGCAGAUGAUAACUGAGGACCAUUUUGUACCGUGUGAAUAAUAGCUGUUUGUUCAUAGUACGCACACAAAAAGACUCUCUCUCUCACACACAAACACACACACACACACACAAGGGAUGCUGGUAUUGUUGUGUCACAUGUUUCUAUAUAUUAUUUAAGA